UCCAGACAAAAUAAAUUCAUUGCAGUCAUUCGCUGUUCAAGUGACGGCUUAGAUGUGUGAUGUCAAAUCAGCCAACGUGAAUCAUUUGUCAAAAUAGUGUAUUCAGUGAAAACAAUAAAUUGAAAAAAUGUCUUCUAUGCGUAUGAAGGCAGCAAAAUGUCCAUCGGACGAGUUGGCCAUCACAAACUGUGCUCUCAUCAAUCCAGAUGAUUUCCCAAGUGACGUAAAGCACAUAGAGAUCUCAACCGGGCCCUCGCAGCACUUCGUGUUCAGCAUCAGAUUCUACAGCGGAGUGGAUCGCGGCACAGUUGGUUUCUCAGCACCGCAAAGAAAAUGGGCCACCCUCUCCAUUGGUCAGACGAUAGAGGUGAAACCGUUCAAACCGCAAAGCGCAGAAUGUCUGUGCAGCGUGACCUUAGAGGCAGAUUUCAUGAUGAAGAAAACGACAUCAUUGGAGCCCUACGACUCAGAGCAGAUGGCACGCGAUUUCCUCAUUCAGUUUUCGAAUCAGGUCUUCACCGUUGGACAGCAAUUAGCCUUCUCGUUCCAAGAAAAAAAAGUGUUGUCGUUGAUUGUCAAGAAUUUGGAAGCUGUGGACGUGCAAGCACUAGCAGCGGGUGUGAACGCGGUGCCGCGUCGCGUGCGCAUGGGCCGGCUCCUACCGGACGCGUCGGUGCAGUUCGAUAAAGCUGAGAAUUCUUCCUUGAAUUUAGUCGGGAAAGCUAAGGGGAAACAACCCCGUCAGUCGAUUAUCAACCCUGACUGGGACUUCGGCAAGAUGGGCAUCGGCGGUCUGGACAAAGAGUUCAACGCCAUCUUCAGGAGAGCGUUCGCUUCCCGAGUCUUCCCGCCCGAAGUUGUGGAGCAGUUAGGCUGCAAACACGUGAAAGGUAUUUUGUUGUUCGGCCCCCCGGGGACGGGCAAGACUCUCAUGGCGCGACAGAUCGGCAAGAUGCUGAACGCGCGUGAGCCCAAGAUCGUCAACGGGCCGCAAAUAUUGGACAAAUACGUUGGCGAGAGCGAGGCCAACAUUCGCCGGUUGUUUGCCGAUGCCGAAGAGGAGGAAAAGAGGUGCGGACCAAACAGUGGGCUUCACAUAAUCAUAUUCGACGAAAUUGACGCGAUAUGCAAAGCGAGAGGCUCGGUCGGAGGGAACACCGGCGUCCACGACACUGUAGUCAACCAGCUCCUGUCGAAAAUCGAUGGUGUGGACCAACUCAACAACAUCCUUGUGAUUGGCAUGACGAACAGACGGGACAUGAUCGACGAGGCUUUACUCCGACCUGGACGACUCGAGGUGCAGAUGGAGAUCGGCUUGCCCGACGAGAAGGGCAGGGUUCAAAUCCUGAACAUUCACACGAAACGCAUGCGCGAAUAUAAAAAAAUCGCUGAGGAUGUCGAUAGCAUGGAAUUAGCGGCACUAACAAAGAACUUCUCUGGUGCCGAGCUGGAAGGUCUGGUUCGUGCUGCUCAGUCCACCGCCAUGAACCGACUCAUCAAGGCAUCCAGCAAGGUGGAGGUCGACCCUGAGGCCAUGGAGAAACUUAUGGUGGAACGCGGAGACUUCCUGCACGCGCUUGAGAAUGAUAUCAAACCUGCGUUCGGUACGGCCGCGGAGGCGUUGGAGCACUUCCUUUCACGCGGCGUCAUCAACUGGGGGAACCCGGUGACUUCCCUACUGGAGGACGGACAGCUGUACAUACAGCAGGCGCGCGCUACUGAGGCCAGCGGGCUAGUGGCGGUCCUGCUCGAAGGACCACCCAACAGUGGUAAGACCGCGCUGGCAGCACAACUCGCCAAGCUCUCCGACUUCCCGUUCGUGAAAGUGUGUUCGCCAGAGGACAUGGUCGGCUUCACGGAAUCCGCUAAAUGCUUGCAGAUUAGGAAAUAUUUCGACGACGCAUAUCGCUCGAGCCUGUCUUGUAUCCUGGUGGACAACAUCGAACGUCUAUUGGACUAUGGUCCUAUCGGGCCACGGUACUCCAACCUGACCCUGCAGGCGCUACUCGUGCUGCUGAAGAAACAACCGCCUCGGGGCAGGAAACUGUUGAUCCUCUGCACUAGCAGUCGAAGACAAGUCCUGGAAGACAUGGAAGUGCUAUCAGCAUUCACGGGCAUACUCCACGUACCGAACCUGUCCCAGCCCGAGCAUGUGAUGGCAGUGCUUGAAGAAAGCGAUGCCUUUUCUAAGAGGGACCUGCUGAAAAUACAACACGACCUGCGCGGCGCCAAGAUCUUCAUUGGUAUCAAGAAACUGCUUGCACUCGUCGAUAUGGUGAAACAGACAGACGAAGAGUCCCGCGUAUUCAAGUUCCUCACCAAGAUGCAGGAGGAAGGCGGGCUAGAUUUAGGCACUACUAUACAAUAAGAAUCGUUGCAACCUUAGGGAUUACAUGCGCAUACCACACUAUCGCCCACACCAGAUUACAUUAACGCACAUAUAUGUUCAUCGAAGAGUCACAUAAUGAAAGUAAACGAGUGCACCCCGUGUACCUCAGACCUCAGGAGUUACGAGAUCGACUAUGACGAUAUAAGCGAAUGCACCGAAUCGUUCAUGGACUUCAGUCACAAGAAGGGUAUGACGGCGCGCGGCAACGAGCUAUCGCCCGCCAAAAUGCCGCUUAUGCGAAUAAGGAGCGUCGAAAUUGUGUACGAAGACGAAAUGUCUACUUGUACCGACACCGGCAUACUGGAUAGAAGCGUAGAACUACUAGCGUCAGAUAGUAGCGACGACUCUACCAAAUGCGUUGACGAUUUAGAGCACAAUAUGGUGGUCGAAAAGGAGGGCCAAUAUGAUUCCGUCACACUUAACGCGGAAGGCGAUUUGUCUGAAGACAAUUCGGUGUCACUAACGAGGGAUGAAGACAUACCCAAAAUAGUGACACCCCAAGCCAGCUUUCAUGAUGUCGAUCAGAGCAUUCAUAUACAAACGGAAUGCGUUACUUUGGCUAUCGAUAUGGCUUUAUCACCGAAUGUGUCGGACCUCGCCGAUUCAGGCCAUUUUACAGGCGAAGCUAGUACAUCACAUCUGUGCACAAUACCGAUGAUAUACGAAGACGCUCAGCUUUCGAAUUCAUUGGAUGCGAUCAACGUGGAAAAAUCUACGACCGUGAUAAACACGUUUGAGUUGUCAGAAAUGUCUACAGCUGGGACCAGCACCAGCAGACUGUACGAAUAUAUAGACAGCAACAGCGACAGUUCAGACACCACGGUCACACACGACGCCGACAAUAUCGUACACUUAACUUCGCUCAACAUGAUAUCACCCGACGAGGAUCAUACUCUAUGUGACAGUUCCGAUCUACAGUACGAUUCUUUUGUAGAUAUGGGCAAAUUUUAACUAUAUUUAAUGAAAAAAAAUGUUUAACUUUCGCAAAAAAAUAUUUCGCUUCUCUAUGGAUAUCUUUAAUCUAUCGUAAAAGUGUGUGUCAUUUCAAAUUCGCGGUGUUUUUGUGAUGAUUUGGUCAGUGAAAUGAAUGUUGUGUUAAGAACAUUCCAGUGAAGUUUUUGUGGUGCCGUUUGUGUAGUUAAAUUUUGGUAUGAGCUAUUAUUACACCUUGAAUCCUUCUUACACAGCUUGUGCACAGAGGGUGGUAUGCGGCUCUGGUAACCAUGUCAUGUCCCUUCUCAGUCGACACGUGUUUGAACAUAUAAGUAAUUACAUGUAAGUAUUAUCCUCCAUAGUGCAAUUUAGUAUUUAUGUCCGUUAGUGAGAUGACAUGGUUACAGAUAUCCCUGGGUUGUAUGUCUAGGCGAUAGCUCAAUUUCUCUACAAUGUAUUAUAUUUGUUUUUGUAGAGCUCUUUUUAUUUAUUUCAAUUUGUUAUUGAAAUGUGAUCAGCUCAAAGCUGUUUUGUGUUAAUAGGUAUAUUUUGAUCAAUGUUUAAUAUUUAGCGUUAAGUGAAUGAGGUCAAUGUAUUAUUAAGACAUUUGAGGAUAGAGUUGUUACAAUCUGGUAGGACGCAAAGCUUUUGACGUGUGCAUUAGUACAAUUAAAUUUAGGUGUAUUUGCAUGCUUAGCAGAAUUAUGGUCAAUUAAUUGAGCACCUAAAUAGCAAGUGUUGACACAAAUAAUGCCAAAACGUAAUUUGUUAAAACAUACUACAUAAUGUUAUGUAGAUGGUAAAUAUUUAAUAAUUAAUUAUGUAGGUGGUACACAAACUUCAAAGUGAUGUUUCUAUGUCUGGAGAUGUUGUUUGUCACAGAUUUCUGCUGUGGUGCUGUUACAGAGAUCGGAAGUGUUCAUGAUAAGCUUUAUAUUAGAAGAUUGAUGAAAAAUGACAUUGAAUGAUGCAAUUAUUAACAUUUGUGAAUAUACACAAAUUUUGGAAAAACUUACUUAUUUGUGUAACCUUAUGUUUGGAUUGGCGACCUGUUAUUCCAAUCAGUAAUAUUGGCAGACUAUAAAGAACCAGAGAUCUGAUGGCAAUAUUUUAAGUACUUAAUGAGUGAUGGGUAUUGAUGGACAAAUUAUCAAAUGCAUAAACGAAUGAGCACCACAAAUGAAAAACUUGUGACAAAAAGCUCUCAUAGUGUUAUACAAUUAUUGUUGCUAUAGGUACAUUAUUGUUAGUUUCUGCUAGUUAAUAUAAUGUAGGAUUACAUUCCACUCAUGUUCAAUUCACUAUUCUCACUUCUGUGGAUAUACUUAAAAAUAUUAUGUGGUUUUAAUGCUUCAAGUCGUUAGGUCUGUAGUGCUUUUUAUUGUAUGUGAAGUUAUACUCUCUAUAUAUGUCUAUAUACUGUCUAUUAAAAUACUAUUUAAAUAGCCACUGUUACUGGAAGUUGUUUCCUAACUAAUGUAAGUAUUUUUAUUGAAUAUAUUUUUAGAUUAUUUAAAAGUUAGGGUCCUUGAAAGUCAACUUUAUCAAAGCUUGGUUGGAAAUAAUUUAAAAAAUCAUGUACUUCAUGCAGUCCUUUUACAAAUUGCGAUAUUUUGAUGAUUUUUAGAUGUUGAUUACCCUGGUGGGAUAGUUCUAUUGCGGCAAGACUCUCGUGCUGACGUCACGGGUUCGAUUCCAGAGUUGGCUAAAAUGUUAUAAGCUUCUGUGUUCAGUGUCGGGUCGGAGGAUGAAAUUCGUGGCCAUUACGUGGUAGAUAGGCUCGUCCACUUGCCGAAAAGUGGGCGCGCUAGCUGGACCUCUGCCUACCUUUUAAGGGAUAAAGAGCGCGCGCGUAGUAGACAUAGUUCCGUUUUUUUAAAAAGAUUGAGCGCUAUAAUACGAUUUUGGCACUGACACAUUCAGAUGCACUAUUUAAAGACCUCGGCCUGUGUUUCUUAUUCAACGCAUUUCAUGUGAGUAUUUUAUCUGUAAGUGCAUUUUUGUCAUGUGUUCUUCAGGCAUUGUGUAGUGCAAUAUAAUGGUGGCUAUAUGAAUAAUUAUGUAUCCAGUUGGCAAAUAAAUUUAUUCAACAUA